GUCUAUUUUUAUUUUGAAUACGUUUGGUAUGUAUUUAUGGUAGGACACUGGCUACGUGCACCGACCACGCAGUGCCAUCGUGCGUUUAACACGCUAUAUUAACAUGGCCCAGUUCAAGAUCUAGUUGGUGUUUUUUUCUGCUAUUAACUUUUUUCAAAGGAUUGUUGGUUAAUCAUGCUUUAUCAAUUAAAGCAAUGAUAUUCAUUCCUCACACAGAAACGGGAUAUAUCAGAGAGAUAUAUCAAACAUAUAAUGUGCUAUACACGACAGUGAUAUCACACAUUCUUCAGGUUAAUUUGUUGUGUUACUUAUCGAUCAAAAGGUUUUUGAACUUGCAGUGUCUCUGAAAAAAUGGCUGGUAACUUUUACGCGAUGGUAACUUCUGAAAGUUUUAUAAUAGUGUUAGUAACAUUUUUAAGAACCUGUGGCCAUGUGGGAAUUAUCAAGACAAUAGGUAUCUACUUGGAAGACAUCAACCGGAGUCUUAGAACGACACCAACCGAUAUAGGAAUUGCUCUUGGUCUUUUUAGUGCAUUCAGCAGUUUUCCAGCUCCAAUAAUUGUUGCCCUCUACCAACGUCAUUCAAUCCGCCGUUUCCUCCUUGUGUCUGGGGCGUGUCUAUCUCCAGUAGGAGUGGUGUUAACAUCCAUGUCAACCACCAACGCUCAAAUGGCAAUAUUUCUUUCAAUUACAGGUCUUGGACAUUGUGUAAUAAUGGUUUGUUCUAUUAUGACAUUAAAUCGUGUUGCUUCAAACAAUUACAAUCUACUCUAUAGUCUUGGAAAGACUGGCUAUGGGACUGGUAUGGUUCUAAUACCAUUUUUGGCUGAACUGUUACGUAAAGCAUAUGGCUGGAGAGGUGGAUUGCUUAUCAUUAGUGGUCUGGUGGCACACAUUAUUCCUUGUGCUGUUGGUAUAAAGCUGGACUCUGAUGAGAAUAUCGAACGUGGUUAUCAGAAAGUUCUGAGUAGCUCUAUUGGUAGUAAAAGAGAAGAAGAAGAACGAGGAGAGGAAGAAACGGGGAAAGGAAAACAUGACUGUAAUAGCUGCAUCCGUCGGGAUACAAAAGGAAACGACUAUCAGCCUGGAACUUUGGCACGGAUCACCACCAGUAUUCACCAGUCAGAUUUCUACGCGGACCCUCUGUUGAACGUGAUAAUGAGUCUCAACAUGACUUUCUUUGUGCUCUACAGCGGCUGGCACUCAUUUCUCGUACCACAUACCCUCCAGAGAGGAGUCUCCAUCCGAGACACCCUGAUCAUGACAUUUACAGCAGCAAUAGGGAAUACCUUCAGCAGGGUCGGUGUGGGUGUCCUAACCAACAACCGUUUCCAUCCGGUCACAAUAUUUCUCUUCGCUACAGUGGCGGACAUAGUUGCUCUCCUCUGCGAUGUUUAUGUCGUCAACUACUACCUUAUCUUAGUGACGUCUUGUGUCUCUGCAAUGUCGAUAGGAGGAAGGGCAAUUUUGGGCGCGCUGAUUCUGAGGGACAGAGCGUCUCCAGAGAAAUUUCACAUCGCCUUUUCUGUCGAUAAAGUCUUUCAAGGAUUUGGGAUGUUUGUUGGUGGUUACUUUGGAGGUUGGAUUGCCGAUCGCUUUUCAACAUAUGAUGCUACGUUUAAGUUCCUAAUUUUCAUCGAUGUCUUCAUGCUCGUACUGAUAACAGUAAUCAAAAUCAAGCCGAAACCCAAUUCCACCUGACCAUUCAGAAGGGACCUAAAUAUUACUUUCCGUUUGUGGUUAUUCAAGUGCAAACCAAAACCUGGCAAUGCUUAUUGUACGUGCUAAUUACUGAAAACGGUCGGAAAAUCUUUCAAUUGAAAAAAGAUUAUUUUAAUUGGAUCAGAUAUUCUGUCAUUAUAUAUAUGGGAACACAUUUACGAGAUGCUGCACAGACACCGUGGUUACUUUCAAGAUUUAUCUUCCUUGUUUCAGCCAACCAUGUAAAAUAAACAUUCUGAAAACGCUAUCAAUGUGGAUCUCAGGAAAGUCAUUCACGUACAGUGAUUGAAGACCUAUAGCUAUCUGUCUCAAAUAAGCGGCAUUCUCUGCGAAGUUUUGCUCCUACCUCAAGAACACCUCUAUGUGAAGACAUAUUGGUGCUCCAUCUCUGCUAAAGAAUGUCUACUUCAAUAUGACCUCUCAAUCAAUGGCCAGUUCACUUCGGUGUUUUUGGAACUUCCUACCAACCUGAUCCACUCAGCAUGUGGUUCUGAGGAACUUUAUCCAUACCUGCUCUAAGAAGUCCCAAAGUGACCUUGCCCACUAAGCCAGGGAAGCACCCCUCCUGCAUGGACAGUAACCGAUCGACGUUGUAUACCCAUUCUUAACAAGGAAAACACACACAUUGACAACUAUAUGUGUUCCUUACCUCUAUCAUCUGUAAGGUUGCAGAGCUCACCGUGCAGACCCCAAAGCAUGCAUAUAUGGAAUGCAUACCACCUCAGACACUUUGCCGCCCGGACAUGCUCCCACCCCCCCCCCCCCACAUACACACACACAGACACAGACGUGUGACGCCGCCUCUGGAUAUUACGUGGUGUUAAUUGAAAGUCUUUUAGAAAUGUUUGUUAACACAAAAAUAGUUUACUGUUUAAUAAUAUGCAAUGAGCUAAUAAAUGGAUUUUAUAAACAA